GAUCUUGUAAGCUUCAAUCAUAGUGACUCUGAGGACUGUCAACUUCUCCCAGGGCAGAUUACCCCCCAGUGCGCCAAACGCCAUAGCUCACUCGUUAAGCUACGGAAUCGAGUGAUUCAACUUUCAGUAGAAAGCUGACGCUGCCAGCUACAAUAUAUCCGAUUUUCAGAUCGUUUCACCGAUUGGAGUUUUGGAUAUAGCUAUUCGACGGUCGCGAGUUUUCUGGGCGUCAUAACGAAGUGCUGCAGAAAUUUCCAAGGAGCCAUUGAAUCAUCUGCUUAUAGCCUUCUCUAACCAACAAGUGGUAUCAGAGCCUAUUAUCACGCAUUUGGGACCUAAAAUACGAUGGGAGAUAAGGAGGACUCUGGUGGAGGUGAUACUUCAGUCCAAGGAGGCAGCUCAACCCAAGAUUCUGGCAUUGCAGCGCAAAGGGGAGCGCGUACAAGCCAGGGGUCACUGCUUAAGGAGGUGCUGAAGAACUUCACCAUUGAGAAGUUCUCUGGAGAUGGCUAUGAUGAUUGGGCAUGGAAGAUGCAGCUCUACUUUCGACAAAUUGGCCUCUUGAAGCUCAUGAUUGGAAUGGAGCCAAGGCCAAAGGAAAUGGCAGAGCAAGCGGACUGGGAUGAACGUUCAUCUGCUGGGUAUUAUCUACUGUCACAAAGCUUGGAGCUGAACCAGAGGCAUCACAUCAUGCAUCUGCUACCGGAAAUUGAUUGUGGGCCCAAGGCAUGGGCAGUGCUCAAGGACCUGCACGCUCCGACAUCGGUUGCCGCUUCUCUCAUGCUGGAUCGGGAGCUGUCCAUGCUGCGGUUGAGCGAGAAUGAACCUGUGCAGCCCGUACUGGACAAGAUGAGGGAACUCUACGCGAAAUUGGCGAUUGCAGGCAUCACGUACCCAGAGCAGACAAAGUGUCUCAAGAUGCUCAGCCUGCUGCCGGAGUCUUGGCUGCAAUUUAUAAGCGGACUCAGCUUGCCACAAAACCAAAGUCAAUGGACAUUGGAGUGGAUUCGCACCAAGAUUCUGGAAGAAGAUUUUCGUCGCUAUACACUGCGCGGAGGUGAUGACAGCACCAGCGGCUAUGCCAUGCAAGGGACAUGGAGGGAUCGAGGGCGUGGCAAUCGCGGUCGCUCUUACCACAGCCAAGGUGGUCGCGGGAUUUGGAACCAGCGGGGACGUGGUGGCGCUGGUGCAAGAGGAAGAGGUGGUCACUCCAACAAUGACAACAGUGAACCACGCUUGAGGGGAGAGUGCUGGUAUUGCAAGGAAGAAGGGCAUCCAUGGUUUCGCUGCCCUACCAAGCCCGACUGGUGGACCCCUUGGAACCAAUCGCAGAAGGGGAAUGGAGGAAAGCAACCACAUGGAGGUGCCAACAUGGUAGCUGAUCCUGCUGAAGAAACCUCCAAGGAUGACAGAGGAAUGGGAAAUGAGGAGAGGAAUGCUGGACAGUUCUACCAUGUGUGUGACAAAGAUGACAGUGGCACAGCUGUUGCAAGGGCUGGAGAGGAAUUGCACCCGCUUGACAUGUGGGUCAUGGACUCUGGUGCUGCAUGGACAAUGACACCACGCAAGGACUUGCUGGAUGCUGUGCGAGCGCCUCCAAUCUCUGAAGUGCGCUCAGCAUCCGGACAUGCAGUGAAGGUCGCUGGAGUUGGUCGAGCUGCAUUCAGAGCACCUGAUGGUGGACUGGUUGUGCUGAAGGACGUGUUACUCGUACCAGGGCUGAAGGCCAAUCUGAUAUCGCUGCGCAAGCUAGGCCAGGCCGGAGUCAGCACCACCACCAAUGGAUCCAAAACAUUCAAGGGGCUGCGAGGAGAUCGUGUGUUAUGGGAUUUACACGAAAGCAGAGAUGUCUUCAGAUCCAUGUGGCAGAUCCCUGCACUGAUAUGGGAAUCAACAAAGAAGGAGUUGGGAGAAGUAAAGGCGGGUUCUGGAGUCCAGGGGGAGUGUAAUGCAGUUAGUGCUGCAGGAGUGACGGUUUCUGCAAGGUCGGGGGAGACUGAUUGGGAAACCGCACACAGGCGUCUAGGGCAUGUGGCUAUGCCAUUGCUGCAGCAACUGCAUAAGGAAGAAGCAGUAAAGGGGCUCAAGCUUUCUGGGCAACCAAAUGAUACCAAGUGCGAGACGUGUCUGCUGAGCAAGUUCACACGGUUCCCCUUUCACGGCGUAGCUGGGAAAAGCAAGGCAGCACUGGAACUGGUGCACAUGGACCUGGUAGGACCUUUUCCAGUCCGAGGAAGUAAGGGGGAAAGGUACUUCCUGACAAUAGUUGAUGACUGGAGUCGGCUGAUGUGGGCAUACCCGUUGAAGCAGAAGGAUCAUGCUGCCUCAACAAUACGAGAUGAUUGGCUGCCGUUCGUCGAGCGACAAUCUGGGCACCCAUGCAAGAGCAUCAGAACCGACCGAGGUGGAGAGUUUCUAGGAGGAGAUCUGACUGCGUGGCUCAAGAAACAAGGCAUUGAGCAUCAGCUAACGACGUCCUAUACCCCUCAGUCAAAUGGCGUUGCUGAGAGGGCUAAUAGGACCAUCCUGGAAACUACGCGAGCGCUGCUGAUCGAAUCAGGGCUGGGGAACUCCAUGUGGCCUCAUGCGGUGAGGCAUGCUACAGUGGCAAGGAACCGCGUACUCACAAAGGUGGCUGAUGAUAUGUGGGUGCCGCUGGAGAGGUGGCUUGGAAAGAAGCCUCCAGUGGACAUGCUUCGAGUGUUCGGAUGCAUGGCAGUGGCACAUGUCCCUAAACCGUACAGGACAAAGCUUGGAGCAUCUGCACUUUGGUGUGUGCACCUUGGGCUUGCGGCAGAGAGCAAGGGGUGGCUACUCUGGGAGCCCUCAAAGAAUGUGCUGUUUGACAGUCGGGAUGUCAAAUUUGUGGAGAACAUCAUGUAUGGCAAGUGGGAGAAGCAGCCGGAGGCAAGGGUCACCCAGCAGCUGGAAGAGAUCACUAUGCACUUCGAUCUGUCCGAACCUGCGGACAGCGAAGUCACUGCGCCAACGGCAAGCGGUACUAAUGAAGGAAGCAAUGAGGAUAUUGCAGCUGAUGCUGAAGUCAAUGAUCCGGAGCAGCAGCAGCAAGAGGCUUCCAAAACACCAAGUCUGCCAAAGCGAAGGAAACAGAUUGGUGGGGGGACAAAGGAUUGGGUGAAGGUGAAAGAAUGGGUAAAUCCAACCAUCUACCCUGCACGUACCAGAAUGGCAACGAGAAAGCUGUUGAGCUCCACAAGUGGAGGAGCCACAACUGAGCAGCAGGAACAGGCUCAAGGCGAAGAUGCAGUGCUGUUCUUGGGUGAUGACCAAGAGUCAGAUGACGAGGAGCCUGCAUACUGCUUUUACGCACCAAUACAACCUCCGAGCAUGGAUCAUGCGCUAGCCGGGCCUCAACGGGGGAAGUGGCUCGUCUCAAGAGAUGCAGAGUACAACAGCCAGAUGGAGAAUCACACAUGGGACCUGGUGUACUUGCCAAAUGGGAAGAAGGCAAUACAGUGCAAGUGGCUGGCAAAAAUCAAGACAGAUGAGAAAGGAGAGCCAUCAGUUUACAAGAGCAGGCUAGUGGCAAAGGGGUUUCAGCAGAAAGAGAAGGAAGAUUACAAAGAAGUGUUUGCCCCAACUGCUAAGUCUCCAACGCUACGUGUGCUGCUGGCGGUAGCUGCUGUGCGCAAAUGGAAGGUGAAGCAGAUGGACAUCGUAACCGCUUUUCUGUACGGCAUUGUGGAAGAGGAGGUGUACAUGGUUCAACCACCUGGCUAUGAGGAUGGAACCGGUCGUGUCUGCAAACUUAACAAGGCCAUCUAUGGCUUGAAGCAGGCCCCGAGAUGCUGGUACAACAGGCUGGCCAGUGCACUGGAAGGGAUUGGAUUCCGUGCGAGUGCAUGCGACGAGAGCCUGUUCCUGAUGGGAGAGGGGGAGUCACUUGUGCUUUUGCUGGUGUACGUGGAUGACAUCCUGCUCUUCAGCAGCAGUGACAAGGAGAUCGAUGGGGUGCAGCGGAAGCUCACAGAGCAGUUCAAGUGCAAGUCACUUGGAGAGGCAAGGUACUACCUGGGAAUGCAUAUUGAGCGGGAUACUGAACGUGGCUGGCUCAAACUGCAUCAGGGACAGUACAUCAACACCUUGGCUUAGAAGUACUCUCUGCAAGAAGAACGGGAAGUGGUCACACCUUUGCCUUCCGAGUUCAAACUCAUAAAGGCAGCUGAAGGAGAAGGAGUUGAGAGUGAAGACCAGAGGCAAUUCCAAUCCAUGGUCGGGAGCCUACUCUACGCUGCUGUGCAUACUCGGCCUGACAUCAGCUUUGCUGUGGGACAACUGGCUCGAGUAGUGCAAAAUCCAACAGAAGAGCAGUGUGGUGCAGCGGAGAGAGUGGUGCGCUACCUCAAGUCAUACCCUAC